AACUUAAAUACGUUUGUCGUUUAGUUACUUUUAAAUUCUAUUGUCUAUGCUUCUGUCAAACAAACUCAAACUUCCUUUUCCGUGUGGCAUGGUGACGGCCUAAGGAAGCCAAGAUGCAGAUUUUUGUGAAGACCCUCACAGGAAAGACCAUCACCCUCGAGGUAGAGCCCUCGGACACUAUCGAGAAUGUCAAAGCCAAGAUCCAGGACAAGGAGGGCAUCCCCCCAGACCAGCAGAGAUUGAUCUUCGCUGGUAAACAACUGGAAGACGGCCGAACCCUCUCGGACUACAACAUCCAGAAGGAAUCCACACUUCACCUUGUGCUGCGCCUGCGUGGUGGCGCCAAGAAGCGCAAGAAGAAGAAUUACUCCACCCCCAAGAAGAUCAAACACAAGAAGAAGAAGGUCAAACUAGCUGUACUUAGGUUUUACAAGGUGGACGAGAACGGCAAGAUCCACAGGCUGCGACGGGAGUGCACCGGGGAGCAGUGCGGCGCCGGAGUGUUCAUGGCGGUCAUGGAGGACCGCCACUACUGCGGCAAGUGCCACUCCACCAUGGUGUUCAAGGACGACGACAAAUGAACUAGGGUUACGGCUUAACUGACUCGGACUGCUGUGUAUGAUGGAUUUUUAAAUAAAUCUUGACACAGUGUCAGAGUUAACUUU